AUGAAUUUUGCCUUAAUAGAUCCAAUUGCCACCUCUAGUAAAUAUUACAUGGAUAUCUAUAAACCCUCUGCGUACAUAGUGCUUGAAACAAGAUGUGAUCCCAAUAAAAUUCAUAAGAGCAUUCAAAUGUUGGGCUUUGAUGGUUAUAUGGUAAUGGAGAAUCAAGGCUUUGUUGGAGGCAUCGGUGUGGCUUGGAAAAAGGUGUAUAUUAGUAUGGAGGUUUGUGAAAAAGAUGACCAAUUCAUUCAUUUGUUCAUUCAAAACCAGGCGGGCAAAAAAUGGCACUUCACUGCCAUUUAUGCCAGCCCAAGUGAAGCCAGAAGAAUUGCUUUAUGGAGCUGUCUUAAGAGAAUAGCAGAAAAUGUUCAGGGAGCUUGGGUAUAUGGCCGAUGA